GGGGGGGAGAGAGAGAGAGAGAGAGGGAGAGAGAGAGAGAGAGAGGGAGAGAGAGAGAGAGGGAGAGAGCGCGAGCGAGAGCGAGCGAGCGCGCGAGCGAGCGCAUUCCUCACCGGGUGAUUUGAGGAUUCAAUGAGCUAGUACAUGUGAGGUUUUAAACAACUUUUACAUCUGGGAAGUGCCUGAUUCAGUGUCAACUCUGAGGCUGGUAAGACAGGAGGAGGCUUUUUUUUUUUUGACCAGGCUGGUCAAGUCAUUAGCCAGUCAUUCACCCCCUCUCCCCCUGACAUGUAAACUUGGAAAAAGUGUAAUUAACUCAAGAUGCCUGUUAACAUCGACCAACCAAAGAGAGAGAUUGUGGACUGGACAGAGAGAGAGAGGAGUGAGACCUAUGGAACUGCAGGAAAGGAGAAAGAGCCAGGGCAGAUGUUCUUGCUGAACUUUUCAUCUUUCAUCCAGGAUGGGCAUCACGACAGCACCAACUCCUGCUGCAGUCAUACCUUUUGUGUGAUAACCCCACGGAAUUACUUUGUUUUGCAUGUGUACCCUAUGUUUCCCACCCCAUGCCUUGGCUCAGGGUGUUCUAUUUGCCUGGAAGAUGCUUCUUCUCAGACGUUACACCCAGCCCUACCCACCUUCCCAGAAUCAGCUCAGGCAUCAUUUCCUCCAGGAAGCCUCACACCAGAGGUCACAUGUUCUUUCUCCACCCAGGCAGCCAAACACUGUUCCUUGUUCUGGCUCUUCCCUCCUUCUCCAUUAGGGUAAACCUUGUACCUGUGUCUCCUCCACUGGACUAGGAAAAUGUUGAGGAAAGUUUGCUUUUUUCCUCCUUGGGUUUCUUCUACCUCCCCGUGCCUUGCACUCAGUAGGCACGCACUAACUAGCAGUCUAACGAGUGGGUUAAUACAUCAAUCAUCCUUUCUCAGAUGAAUGAACAGUGUGCAUUCAGGACAAGUGUCUGCUCCCGUUCCCUUCCUCGCUGCCCACCACCUCGCCAUCUGACUUCUCUCACCAAGCAGCCUCAAUCAGGUCUCCCCGGCUCCUCACUGGCCUGCAUCUCCCUGUACCAUGGCGGGGGCACUGACAUCGUCAUCAUGCACCAGAAAAACCAACGCCUGCUUGAUCAUAAACAAGUCGUACUUAUUUGAAAUAACUGUGCAGGAUCCCUGGUGGAGUCUCACAAGCGUCUUCCUUCUGUUUGGGAGAAGAUGAUGAUGACAUGGUGAGGAGGGCACCACUUCCUCUGGAAGGCUUUUGCUAAGGCUUCAGGACUCCCUGACAUACAAUUGGUUUGGAGAUGCAGGCACAGGCUUCCUGAGACUCAGCAAAAAGUGCCUCGGCUGUGACCGAAUAUUAUGAGGCUUAGCAGAUGGUGUUGACUCAGAACCCCCCUCCUAGGCAGUGGGGUCCCUGGCCCGCCCCAUCUUCCAACUGCCACUCCCCUAACUGUCGCUGAGAACUUUGCUACUCAAGACCCUAGUCUGUGCCUGCCUAGCCUUCAGAGACUGCUGGCACUGGAGCCAAGAAAGCUUCUGAGGACCAGGUGAAAGGCUUAUUUUGUGAGUCAGGCAUCUACCAACUAUAGUUUCAUAAGGAAAACUCAGUUGUCUUUGAUUUUUGUUUGUUUGGUUUGGGUUUUGAGUGCUUUAAAAAUGUUGCUGCUUCUCCCUCUUCUGAUUUGCAGGACGUCUAGGGAAGAAAUCAACUUGGUUGUUGGAGCAUCUUUUCAUCCUUCUCAGCUGACUGUGAAGUUAGCUUUCCUUAGAGGAGUUACCAAAAAAGAGAAAUAUUUCCUUUUCCCUUCAAAAUGAAACUGGACUUGGAGGUCAGUGAACCAAUAGACUUCAGUUCUGGAGAUCAUCAACAUCUGGUUCAGAAAGCAGCAGACAGUCACACCCAGAGCAAAUCUGGUCGGUCCUACACAGCUUCACCUUCACCUGGGUCACGAGAAGCCGGUGGGAAUCCACACUCAAAGGCCAAAGAGCGAGAGGAUACCUAUGUGGUACAGAUAUCAGAAGAGACCACCCCAGAACACAGCGAUCCUUUACCCAGCCCUUUCUCAGAAGCAGCUGUCCGCAGAGCUUUCAUUGUAAAAGUGUUCCUCCUCCUGUCAGUGCAAUUGCUGGUGACUGGGGCAAUCAUCAGCAUGUUUAUUUUCUGGUGAGCUUUAAGAAAUUGGGUGAUCAAGAAUGCCUGGUUCACUUAUGCACUUUUGCCAGUAUUUUUUGUUGUAUUUUUUGUACUUGCUUGCUGUGGGAAACUCCGCCGUCAGGUGCCUGCGAAUUACAUUCUCCUGGGAUUAUUUACAAUUCUUCAAGGUCUGAUGCUAGGAACCGUGUCAGUUUUCUAUAAUGCCGAGGAAGUGUUAUGGGCGACAGGAACAACUGCUCUGGUGACAUUAUCACUCACUUUAUUUGCUCUUCAGACAAAAUGGGAUUUCACCUUGCUAAAUGGAAUGCUGUUUGCUUUACUCUUCGUGCUUAUAAUCUACGGAAUUCUUUUAAUCUUCAUACGAUCGUAUUGGUUGCAUCUAUUGUAUGCUGGACUUGGAACUGUGGUCUUCUCACUGUAUUUGGUGAUGGAUGUACAGCUGAUGGUGGGAGGGCGCCACCAUCAUUCCAACCUGGACCCUGAAGAGUAUGUGUUUGCUGCCCUGAACAUCUACAUGGACAUAAUCAACCUCUUCCUUUUUAUUUUGCAACUGGUUGGACUGGGACGGUAGUCAUACAGCCAAGGCUGGCUUGUGCUGAAAAAAGGGAAGGAGGGAUGCCUGUGAAGUGUUGCCAGGCUCAGACGUGCAGAGGUUACCAAUCCAUAAGCCCUUUUAUUUAAAAAAAUUUUUUUAAAUACUUAAUUUUUUUUGUCAAGUGAAAGCAAGCAUUCAGUAGAUGGUAGCUGUAGCUGUUAUAUGUUUUUAGUUCCAUUGUCACAUUGCAAAACUUUCUGGCAGACACUUCUGAUCUUUAUAAAUUCAAAAGAUGAGCACAAAAUUACAUACUUAAAAACAUUUGUAAGAUGCACAUUACUUUGUUGAGGUUUUCCAGGCACUAUUUAAAGCUGUAAACAUCUCUCUACAUGAAUAAAAUUGAUUACAGAAACCUACAUUUACUCCAUUCUCUUCUCUUCAUUUGGACAUUCUGUGGGAAUAUUUUGGCACCUGACUUUAAAAAAUAAUUUUCUUUUUUAAAAGAGUAAGAUAAAUCAAAGAGUUCUGCUUUUCUCUUAGAUUCCAGAGUCAGACCGGAGAAGUGAAUUCUAUCAUGAGCAAUCUCUUUGCUUCUGUCUCGAGCAAUCUCUUUGCUUCUAUCUCAAACCAUCUAUUUGCUCCCAGGG